AACGUACGGCCGGAAGUGGUCGCAAAUUUAAACAGCCAUCACAGCGACAAUAAAAGCGCGUACUCUCACUUCGUGGGCGAUCGGAUGAAUCGGGAAUUGAUGCAAAAAUAAACUAAAGUUUUCCAGAGGAUUUGUGUCUGGUGCAAACCCAACUGAAGCAUUCAAAGCUGAAGGCAGCAGGAUGGAGGAAGAAAUAAGACGGGCCGAGCCAGAACAAGGAGAUGUGGCUAGCAAUGAGGCCACAGUAGAAACAUCUGACAACAGUCAGUUGUCAAUUAAAAGAAAAAGGGGGAGGCCACAAGGUUCAAAGAAGUUGAAGGUUUGUGUUUCAGACCUUACUUCAGGCAUUGCCAACGGUGAGCCACAGCCCAAAAGGGGAAGAGGGCGUCCAAAGCUCAUAAAAAACCCAGAGGAGCAGGCCAGUAAUGAAGACGGCCCCACGGGAGAUACUCCUAAGAAGAAAAGAGGCAGGCCAAGAAAGUCUGAGACAGCCGAUGCUGAAAACUUACCGAACGGUGGCGGCGCUGUUACACCAAAAGGGAAAAGGGGACGUCCAAAAGGAUCCACCAAGCGCAAGUUAGAAUUUGAGAAGAACGAAGGCAGUUCUGUGUCACGUCGGAAACCAAGAGGCACUGCCAAUAAGAAACCCAGGCUGGAGUCAGGUGACGAGAGACCGAACACACUGAAGAAGAGAGGUCGGCCCAGGAAGGUGGUAAGUGACUCAAACGGUCUCUCAGAGAAGCCUCGUAGAGGGAGGGGAAGGCCAAGAAAAAAUGUCCAGGAUGGUUCCCAGCCAGCUAAGAGGGGAAGAGGCCGACCUAAAGGCUCUCCAAACAAGAAGCCCUCUGCAUAUAAGGUCGGCCGGCCUCAGAGAAGCCUGCCAUCAACAGGGAAGCGUGGUCGCCCAAGAAAACAACCAGCCAAAAGGGGAAGGCCAAGAAAAUACCCUCUGCCGUCACCUGACGAGCUGAAAAAGCCAAGAGUGUGGAAGCCCUUGGGAAGGCCGAGGAAGUACCCACGUGUUGAUCCUCCAGAGGGUUCCCAACCAGCCAUUCGGAGAAGCCGCGGUCGACCUCGCAAGUCGGAGUCCAAGAAAGGUGCUCACUUACGCAAGGGUCUGUCUGCAUCCUCACCGGUCAACCCUGAUGCUGGAGUCCCAAGGAAAAGGGGCCGCCCCUCACUCAGUGCAAAAAGUCCCACUGGCUCACAGCGCAAAAGAGGUCGCCCUAAAGGCUCACUCAACAAAAAUAAAGCCAGAAGUGAUGAAACGGAGCUCGACGGCGCCCUUUCCAACCAUUCAAAGGACAAUUCCUGUCCUGCAGCGGUGGGGCCAGAAGAAGAGCUGGUGGAGGAACAGGUGGAGCAUGUAGAAGAGGAAGUGGAGCAAGAGUCCAUAGAGCACGACGCAGAGAAGUCCAUCGGGGACAGUACUGAAGAAUUCAUCGAUCAGGAUGCAGGCUUUGAAGUUAGUAACCAGGCUUGAUAAACUAUCCCGGUCUGACCAAAAAGUUUCUGUAGUAGUUGCUGUUUAAAACAUAGAAUACAAUCUUGUCAAUGAAAAACCAUGUUUUUAACAUUCUGUCAGUCAGGUAGACUAGAUAUUCAGCAGCUCUUCUGUUUUCCUGACUAAUUUGUCCAUCUUGUUUUAUUGUGCUUGAUUUUUUUAAAUACUUUAUUUCUGUCAUCCGAGUAAGCAGUAGUACUAAUAAUCUUUUUACUAGAACUGGCAUGUAGAGUUUAUUAUUAUAGACUGAUUGUUCCAGUUUUCAUUUAGCGUUUAGAUGUAGUGUGUGUCAGUUUAACUGUAACUGUAAAACGGUUGCUGGGGAAUGACUAAGAAGUGGGGGAAAAAAUCCAAACAAAUGUUGAAAAGAUGGAAAAAUUGGGGGGUGGGGUGGGGUGGGGGGACAACAGUGAAAUUAUAGAGAGCCGAAGUCGUGAUAUCAUAUCCGGGUGAGUCACUGGUCCACUUACUUCUGUAUCUCGAUACGAUCUGAUUCUACGUUUCUCUCAUCGCUUAUCUAACUAUCUUAGGGUUUACUCAUAGAAAUAGAAUAGGGGUAGAACAGACAUUUUUAUGUGUAAUUAUGUAGUGUCUUUCUUCAUAUGAAUUGACUUGCUGCCAAUUGCAGACAGAAAAUUAGCCAAUCAGCAGGCUGGUUGCCAGCGGCAGGUCUCCUGAAACCCUCCGCCUCACUUCCCAUCACAAGCCAGCCGUCCAUCUUCAAACUAAUGUGACACGCUUUACGGCCCCACUGCCAUUUUUGUUUUGUACUUGUCAGACGACCACAGCAAACUUCUCAAUGUCUGCUCUGUUCUAUUUCUGUGGGUUUACUUUCCAUAUUUUAACAAAAAAAGGUUUAAUUACUUCAGAUCGUUCAUCAUGUAUUAUAACCCAAACACAUUUGUUAUGAUACUGUUAUUUCAGCUAAGACCUGUCGGCUAAUCGCCUCAAAUGUCAUUUUUUAGAAUACUUUUAUACUCAAAUUUAAGCAAAUCAAAAAUGACUCAUCCACACCUAUUUUGAUGUUUUACAGGAAGACAGAGGGGAGGGAUUUGAAUUUAUUUGAAUAACUGAGGUAUUUUACCUAUAUUUGGCAUGUAAAACAAUAACUUGUUUCACUUGUUUCUUUUGGGGUUUUGCUUUUUUGGUGUUUGUUUUUGUUUGUUUUCUUGAUAUUGAAAUGUUAAAAGGUGAUGUAAAACAGAAUUGCAGAAUAAACAACAAUAUUAGAGACACGUAGUACUGUUGAGAAAGGCUGGGUUUUUGGUAAUUUGUGUUUUUACAGGUUUUUCGAGUUUUUAAAAAACAAAACCCGGAGGUUACGGUUUCACUUCGGCUCUCUAUUGAGAAUCUGUGUGGAGAGUUGAGGGCUUGCAAGAUAAAAUACGUCUAAAUGAUGUCAUAAGUUUCUCAAUGCCAUUUCACACUUGUAAUAUGUCUUCAUAUUUUUUUAUUUUUUUUUGCCUUAAUUGCCAAAGCUUUGAAUGUACCAUUGGUUACCGUUACUUAGUUCAACGAGUUGUCCUCCACAGAUCAGCCCAUAAACUUUUACUGUACAUGCAUUCCUCGAAAGGACGAAAAGCUCAAACGCCUUCCCGCCACUCAGUCGCCCAGAAGAUUUUCUCCUCCACUUGUACCAUUUACUUUUUUAGUUCCAGCUAUUGCUGUAGUUAUUUCACUCUUUUCUCUAAAUGUUUACGAUGUAGCUGUGAAGCCUUUUACUUUUUUGUUCAUAUAACUUGGAAUUGUCAUGAGAUUAAAUUCAUGUGAUUGGAUCGAUUUCACAAACAUUUACUUCUUUUUUUUUUUUUUUUUCCUUUUUUUUAGCACCUUGUGUAUAAAAAAAAAAAUCAACAAUUGAAGUUUCUAAAUGCCAAAUUGUGCUUCAGUGUGUCGAGUUAUCAAAAUCAAAAUUCGAUCUGGCUUUGUGAAACCGGAUCAUUUUAAGUGGACAUAUUUGGAUUUUGUGUGUUUUGAACAAGAAGUCAAUAAUUUGUGAAAUUUUGAUCUUGAAAUAAAAUGUUGAUCUUGCCGUUUUACUUUCCA